AUGCUGUUCACCAAGGCAGCUCUAUGUCUGUCUUCUCUGGUUGUCCUCGUCUCGGCGCAAGAGCCCGACGCUGCGAGUCUGAAGGGCCUGGACGUUGGGCGCACACGCACGCCGACUUCAACUAAUAGGCUCAUGACGCGAUCUUUGGACAAACGUUGCACCGGGUCUUGCACUGAAUGUUUCGGCGCCGGAUACACACUCUGCCCUGGAAGCAGUAUCUUCUGCUACCUUCCUGGAGACGAAUACUACGGUCUCGACAGCUGCUCGUCCGGUGAUACGGGCACUGGAUCGGACUCUGCGACCAGCACAGCCGCUGCUAGUCCCUCUUCCUCAACCUCAACCUCAACCAGCGGCGGCACUGACAUUUGCUCCCAAGUCGGGGCAACAUGCGUUUCCUGCUUUGGCUCCGGUUACAUGGAAUGUUCGGAUGGAUACCACUGCUACAACCCGAAUGAUCCAGACUAUGAUACGUGCCCAGAUGACACUACUGGUGGCUCGGAUGGAGGUUCCGGCGGCACUACCGACAGCAGUUGCGCCGCAAAAUGGGGCGCUGGCAACAUCGCCUGUGGUUCCACCGGUUGUUACAACCCUGACGAAGGCGAGAUUUGCUGCGAAGACGGCUAUUAUUGUGCUGCCGGAACUACUUGUUCAAGCACGGUGGGAAAGUGCUGCGCCGCUGGAUCAACGUCCUCGGGCUGUUCGGGCUCAGAUGGGAGUGGCCUGUUGUCUUCAGCCUCUUCUUUCACUACAACCUCCGACUUUCCCCUAACGUCGUCGUCGACCGCUGGCCUCUUCGGUGCUGUCGCAUCAGCCACCACGACUGCUGCCGGCGCAGCUACGACGAGCAGUGUUCUGGUGGAUAGUGACCCUGGCUCAGGUGCACAUGCAGUCAACGUUGGUAAGGGUUUCUUGGUGGUUGCAGGAGUUGGCGCUUUGGUGCUGUGA